AUGAAUUCCAAACACCAGUGUGUGCAACUAAAUGAUGGUCACUUUAUCCCUGUACUGGGAUUUGGCACUGCUAUAGUUCAGGUAACACCUAUAAUGCUGCUUUUGGAGGCCAUCAAAUUAGCUAUAGAUGCUGGGUUCCGUCAUAUUGAUACUGCUUAUUUGUAUAACAAUGAAGAGGAAGUAGGACUGGCUAUUCGAAGCAAGAUUGCAGAUGACACUGUGAAGAGAGAAGACAUAUUCCUCACUUCAAAGCUUUGGUGCAAUUUUCAUCAACCCCAGUUGGUCCAACUUAGUUUGGAAAAGUCACUGAGGCAACUUCAAUUGGACUAUUUGGACCUCUAUGUCAUUCAUUUCCCAGUGUCUCUGAAGCCAGGAGACAAUUUGCUUCCAAGAGAUGAGAAUGGAAAAUUAAUGUUUGACACAGUGGAUCUCUGUGCCACAUGGGAGGCCAUGGAGAAGUGUAAGGAUGCAGGACUGGUUAAGUCCAUCGGGGUGUCCAACUUUAACUGCAGGCAGCUGGAGAUGAUCCUGAACAAGCCAGGGCUCAAGUACAAGCCAGUCUGCAACCAAGUAGAAUGUCAUCCUUAUAUGAACCAGAGUAAAUUGCUGGAUUUUUGCAAGUCAAAAGGCAUCGUGUUGGUUGCUUAUGGUUCUUUGGGAACUCAGCGUGUAAAAGGAUGGGUGGACCACAAUGCCCCAGUUCUGUUGGAUGAUCCAGUUCUUUGUGCCAUGGCAAAAAAGUACAAGCGAACUCCAGGGCUUAUUUCCCUUCGCUACCAGCUGCAACGUGGAUUUGUGGUCCUGGCCAAGAGUUUCAAUGAGAAGCGGAUCAAAGAAAACAUACAGGUUUUAGAAUUCCAGUUGACUUCAGAGGAUAUGAAAGUUCUUGAUGGCCUGAACAGAAAUUAUCGAUACAUUCCCUUUAAUGAUUUUAUUGGCAACCCUAAUUAUCCAUUUUCUGAUGAAUAUUAA